AUGGCAGAGCAGGAGAGUUUGGAGUUCGGCAAAGCCGACUUCGUGCUGAUGGACGCCGUCACCAUGCCCGAGUUCAUGGCGAACCUCCGGCUGCGCUUCGAGAAGGGCCGGAUUUACACCUUUAUCGGCGAGGUGGUGGUUUCCAUGAAUCCUUACAAGAACCUGAACAUCUACGGGCGGGACACGAUCGAGCAGUACAAGGGCAGGGAGCUCUACGAGAGGCCUCCGCACCUCUUUGCCAUCGCUGAUGCUGCUUACAAAGCCAUGAAGAGACGAUCCAAGGACACCUGCAUCGUCAUCUCAGGUGAAAGCGGGGCUGGGAAAACUGAGGCCAGUAAAUACAUAAUGCAGUACAUAGCAGCCAUCACCAACCCCGGGCAGAGGGCUGAGGUGGAGAGAGUGAAGAACAUCCUGCUGAAAUCCAACUGUGUGCUGGAGGCCUUUGGCAACGCCAAAACAAACCGCAACGACAAUUCCAGCCGCUUUGGAAAGUACAUGGACAUCAACUUUGAUUUCAAGGGAGACCCCAUCGGGGGGCACAUCAAUAAUUACCUGCUAGAAAAGUCCCGUGUGAUCGUGCAGCAGCCCGGGGAGCGAAGCUUCCACUCCUUCUACCAGCUCCUGCAGGGAGGUUCUGAGCAGCUGCUGCGUUCUCUGCACCUCCAGAAGGAUGCAUCAGCCUACAGCUACAUCUGCCCUGGGGCACAGCUCAAGUGUUCCAUCAACGAUGGGGCUGAGUUCAAGGCAGUUGCUGAUGCCAUGAAGGUGAUUGGCUUCAAGCAGGAGGAGAUUCAAACUGUCUACAAAAUUGUGGCAGCCAUUCUGCACCUGGGGAACCUGAAGUUCUAUGUGGAUGGAGACACCCCCAUCAUCGAGAACAGCAAGCUGGUGUCAGUGAUUGCUGAGCUCCUGUCCACCAAGGCCGAGCUGGUGGAGAAGGCGCUGCUGUUCCGGACGGUGGCCACGGGCAGGGACGUCAUCGACAAACAGCACACGGAGCAGGAGGCCACCUAUGGCAGGGAUGCCUUUGCAAAGGCCAUUUACGAGCGUCUCUUCUGCUGGAUUGUGACACACAUCAACGAUGUCAUCGAGGUGAAGAACUACGACACCACAGUGCAUGGCAAGAACACAGUCAUUGGGGUCCUGGAUAUCUAUGGCUUUGAGAUAUUUGACAAUAACAGCUUUGAACAAUUCUGCAUUAAUUACUGCAAUGAAAAGCUGCAGCAGCUCUUCAUUCAGCUGGUUCUAAAGCAGGAGCAGGAGGAGUACCAGCGAGAGGGAAUUCCCUGGAAGCAUAUUGAUUAUUUCAACAACCAGGUUAUCGUGGACCUGGUGGAGCAGCAGCACAAAGGGAUCAUUGCCAUUCUGGAUGAUGCCUGCAUGAACGUGGGCAAAGUCACAGAUGAGAUGUUCCUCGAGGCCCUCAACAGCAAACUGGGGAAGCACGCUCACUUCUCCAGCAGGAAGCUUUGUGCCACAGACAAAACGCUGGAGUUUGACAGAGAUUUCCGGAUCAAGCACUACGCCGGGGAUGUGAUUUACUCUGUCACUGGAUUCAUUGAUAAAAACAAGGACACUUUAUUUCAAGACUUCAAACGCCUCAUGUACAACAGCUCCAACCCUGUGUUGAAGAUGAUGUGGCCUGAGGGGAAACUGAGCAUCACUGAGGUCACCAAGAGACCUCUGACAGCAGCUACUCUGUUCAAGAACUCCAUGAUUGCCCUGGUGGACAACCUGACACUGAAGGAGCCCUACUACGUGCGCUGCAUCAAGCCCAACGACAAGAAGUCCCCUCAGCUGUUUGACGAGGAGCGCUGCCGGCACCAGGUGGAGUACCUGGGGCUGCUGGAGAACGUGCGCGUGCGCCGCGCCGGCUUCGCCUACCGCCAGAGCUACGAGAAAUUCCUGCACAGGUACAAGAUGAUCUCUGAGUUCACGUGGCCCAACCACGAUCUGCCCUCAGACAAGGAGGCAGUGAGGAAGCUCAUCGAGUGCCACGGCUUCCAGCACGACGUGGCCUACGGCAAGACCAAGCUCUUCAUCCGCACGCCGCGCACGCUCUUCACCCUGGAGGAGCUGCACGCCAAGAUGCUCGUCAGGAUCGUCCUCUUCCUGCAGAAGGUGUGGCGGGGCACGCUGGCCCGGCUGCGCUACCGGCGGACGCGGGCGGCGCUGACCAUCGUGCGGCACUACCGGCGCCACAAGGUGCGCGCCCACCUGCGCGAGCUCCUGCGGCGCUUCCGCGGCGUGCGGGACCUGCCCGACCGCGGCCGCUCCAUCCCCUGGCCCGCCCCGCCCAAGGUGCUGCUCCGCUUCCAGGAGGCCCUGCAGGACAUCUACCACAGGUGGAGAGCGGCCGAGCUGAUCCGGAGCGUUCCCCCAGAGGUGCUGCCUCAGCUCAGGGCCAAGGUGGCUGCCAUGGAGCUGCUGAAGGGCCACAGGGCUGACAUUGGCCUCCAGAGAGCCUGGCAGGGCAACUACAUCGCACUGAAACCAGACAGCCCCCAGAGCUCAGGCUCCUUCACCCCCGUGGCCAACGAGCUGAAGCGCAAGGACAAGUACAUGAACAUCCUCUUCUCCUGCCACGUGCGCAAGGUGAAUCGCUUUAACAAGGUGGAGGACAGGGCCAUUUUCAUCACUGACAGACACCUGUACAAGAUGGACCCCAUGAAGCAGUACAAGGUGAUGAAGACCAUCCCCCUCUACAACCUGGUGGGGCUGAGUGUCUCCAAUGGGAAGGACCAGCUGGUGGUGUUCCACACCAAGGACAACAAGGAUCUCAUCGUUUGUCUCUUCAGCAAUGACCCCUCCAACGACAGCAGGAUUGGGGAGCUCGUGGGGGUCCUGGCCAGUCACUUCAAAAGGGAGAAGCGCUCCCUGCACGUCGCUGUCACCAACCCGGUGCAGUGCAGCCUGCACGGCAGGAAAUGCACGGUGUCCGUGGAGACCAAGACCAACCAGCCCCAGCCGGAUUUCACCAAGCACCGCUCGGGCUUCGUGCUCUGCGUGCCGGGCAAUUAACGGCCCCUCCCUCCCCGGGAGCCGCCCCGGGACCGCCGGGAUCCACCGGGAGAUGCUCGGCAGCGACCUAAAGGUGCCUAAAGCAGCCUCUGAAGCUCAAGGUUUGGAAAACCCGAAUUCCAGGGGUUUAGAAAAGCCAAAUUCGCACGGAAUGAAGACCUAAAAUAGCUGGUGACUUGUUCUCCACAUUACAAACCAGGCUGGAACAUCAGGAGAGCACUUCCUUUGGAAUCAGUCUGAAAAAAAAGUUUCUAGGUACUUCCACCCCUUCUUCCUUUUCCCCCGUUGAUUCCUCACCCCCUCUCCGGUUCUCCCUUCCAUGCUCCUUUCCCUUGUGUCAGUUUUUGCAGUUUGAUGCAGCCUCCAGAGGAGGAACCAAAGAUGCCCAGCUCAGGGAGUCGGGUUCUGUAGGGCCAGAUCCCCACGGAGCCGGAGCCAGGCUGGGCAGGGAGGGCUGCC